AUGUUGUCCCUCUGGAACCGCCGAGUGGUUCCCCAAACCCGGCUGGCCUACAACACGAUCAGGAUGGCUUCAAUCGGGAAGAUCAAUUUUUCUGGUGCCUCCUUCACGAAUGAGAACACGGUAGCUCUAGUGAACCUGAACGUCGACGUUUGCUUCUGGCGCUGUGACCCAUCGCCCGAGUUCGUCCCAGUCGGUUCGGCGUUGACCGUCAAGAGAAGGGUGGAAGCAGAGAGCGGAUCCAUCCACAGAACGGCCUGCAAACUCGGCUUUCUCUUCAAUGAGGUGAUUCCUGAUACGCCAAAUCUCAUCAAAGCAUACGGCAAACGCGUGUCGGAGAUUCUCGCGCUCCCCAAAGUCAACCCUCAGGGCACGGAUGAAGACGGACCAUUCCGACCGUUCAUCGGCGCUGACUGCACGUCGAUUUGGGCUGCUGCCACAUCGGGAUCUCCAUCCAUUGGCGUUUUGCUUCUCGCAUGCAUGCUGGCCGAUGCUUGGGAUGCCAAAACCGCCAUCUCGAUCUGGGUGGAGCUUAUCGACGAGCGAAAGGAGCAAAUCCAGGCCCAGCAGAAAGACAAUAAGAUGUUGAGUCUGCAGACGCUGGCGGCGGCAAGGCAGGAAUUCGCCCGGGCAGAGCUGGCUUCCUGGGACGCGAGCGUGAGGUCCUGGAUCAGAAGGGCUGGUGAGUCGAUGGCGUCCAAACGGGUUCAGUUCGCCCUCAUAUCCAAUAAUCUCACAAUCCCGUACCCCAGGGGCGGGUCGACCUACGGCACGGUCAUCUUGACGUGGACGCGCGCGAUGGAAGUUCUCGAGAAACUUUUGUGCAACAUCCCUCAGCAGGCUUGCGAUCGAGCCGUCAUCCGGGGCAUUUCUGCUUGGCAUCUUUACCCGGAAAUGAUUGUUUUUCAGGAAAAGGCGACCAAGGUGUCUUUUCAAGACGGGCUGUUUCCCAGCUCGGGAGUACUCAGCCUUGGGUUGGAAUACAACGGCACGCCCUCCGACAAUUAUCUCCGAUGGUCACUGGCUCUGUCUCACUUGCGCUAUUAUGGCGCGCCAGUUGCUGUUCGGAGCGACGAGGAGAUGCAGAAUCGGAUAACUAUGCCCCAGCUGUGGCUUGUGACAAUUGGAGCCAUCUUUCGUGAGUGGAACGUACUGUAUGGACAGUUCGAGGUAAGUCUGCUUUGGUUCCAGGAACUGGGCAGAACGCUUAGCCGAGGCCUGGUUCAGCUGAGUCGGUUAAGGCCAAGAGACGGAAAGGAUGACCGGUUGUCCUGGCUUCUUCGUCUCUGUUCAGCUGUGACUGACAUCGGCGAGGGUGAGCAAAACCUCGUCAAGUACGGCUGGAGAAGGGGUGCGAACUUUCUCGGAAAAAGCGGACCUCAUGGAAGUGAUGAGAUUCAAUAUACGGCAGCAGCGCCAUAUUUUGGACUCAACAAUCCGCAUAUCAUGAGAGCUCUGAGCCAUUCUACGGAUAUUGAUUCCGCUAUUGACUACCUGCGCCACAUCAGCUCCCUUCUUCAGCUCGAAGGUGACGAGGCCAUCGUAGCAUAUUACCAUGGGACUCACAGAGAGUAUGCGACUACGAGCCCCAUUGAAGAACAUCUUGUCAAAUCCUACCCAUCAGUAGAGAACUGUGGAUGGGUGGAUGUCGCCUCUCCUCAAAAGCAUUAUUUACAGGAACGACGCCAGUUCAUCGAAUCUAGGGGCGAGAUUUGCAGAAUCAUCGUUCAGGAAAAUGACACAAUCCUGUCGACAGCCAACACCGGAUCCAACAUUGAGAUAAGUCUUGACGCACUGUUCUCUGAACGUGCAGAGUUCCUCGGCUUAUACCCGUUGGGAUCUUCUGCCUAUCAUGAUUUUGGGCUGUGGGUGCGAGCUGAGAAGCACGCAGCUUGCACCCUGGCUUUGGAGCGCGAGCUGCGCCGUCUUCAACUCAACCAAGUUGAAUCACUAGCAGAGAGCAUUUCAUGGCUCAAGAACAGCGUGUCUGCAGACAAGGUUUACAGGUAUCUAGUCACGUCUCUUGUGGAGUCGCCGGGGGACAUAAGCGCUCGUCUAUACGCUCGUCGCCACACCAAAGCUCGCAUCAGCAGCCAAAGCUUGAAGCGAAAACAACCUCAUUCGACUGGCUCGAUCGAUGAAAAAAUAGCAUGGACGCCAACAAACAAACGUGCGAUCGACUACGUGUUGCAGUCAGAACACGGUGAUCUCGAUGCAUCUUACGAUCCGUCUGGGUGCUUCUCCGUGAUCACAGUUGCUUCUCGCGUCUCACCGCUGUGGACUCUUUCUCUGCAAAUCCUCGAGGUUGCGAGCCACGUUUAUGAAGCUCUUCCCCGAGCUACUGUCUCCCUUCGAAUACUGGAACAAGAGUUGCUGAAGGCUCUUUGGCUGCCUCCGCGCAUGAAAGCCGCCCGCGACUCCGCGCAUGAUUCUUACAGGGCUAUGCGCCACCCCGCUUCUUACAUGGAUGAGAUGAAGCGCGCCAACAUGUUUGCUUGUGUGGCCAUGUUCGAGUCUGGCCGCUUCAAUAUUGAGCCCGGCCAGUUGGCCGAGGUGGUCGCUUUAUGCUCGGAGGAUUCUAUUUUCGUAUCAGAGAUACUCCUUUCGGAUCCCAGCGACGUGUCGCGGCAGCUCGGAAUCAGACACCUGGUGGGCAAUGUAGGCCAUGCGGGCAUGGUCUUCAUGGUAUCCCCGAGAGAACCUCGAAUACGGCCGCCAGGUUUUGACGCAUCCAAGGUGGCGCACCUUGAAUAUGAUGGCGUGGAGGUCAACACGUUUGAAGGAACGUCUCUACACCUGUCUUUCACCACGUGGAAGAUUCCACUAGAUUGGGAGUGCACUGGAGAAAUCGACCAAGAAAUCUUCCUGCUCGAAUCGGUUGUUUCUGUCCAGCACCAGGGCGCGUGGGUCGCCGAUAUUGAUGUCCUGGGCAUCGAGACCGAUCGUCCGGACAUCAUCUCGUUUCCCUGCGAUUGCCCAAGGAAUUUCAAUGCGUCCUCCCGGAAUCAGAGUACCGUAUCGAUCAAGUCCUGGGAUGAAUUUCUCGAUCCACCACCUUGCAUUGGUGUACUGCAGACGAAGCGCAAUUGGGUGGCUCGUCUGGCCGCGGUUUCCAUCUUGAUCCAACAGGGCAAUGGACACGCAGCACUGAUACUGGAUGACCCCUCGGACGGCCUCCUUGGCGAGCCUCUCACGGCUGAGUUUGAAACUUCCAGCGUUGACAUCCGCAACAAGGUUUAA